AUGUCCUCAGUUGAUAUCUUUGACCGCCACUCGUUCGUUACCGCAUAUCGACCGGGACAUCAAAGAGCUGAUCACUCUUCUCAAUGCUCUCUCCGACUUCUGCAUAUCGAUAACUCCGAUAUGAACACCCAAUUUCGGAGUAUCCUUGCUUCUACGCCGGAACUUGUCCAACUGGAAUUUUGCUUUACGAAAUGGAGCCCAUCAAUGGCCCAAGGCCUGACCACAUUUAUCCUCCAAGACCUCCCAUACAUUACGGAUCACUGGGAUGCGCGAUUCGACCAGGAAGAUCAUCUACGGAUAUAUGUGUAA